AUGGAGUUUGGGGACAAAGAAAGAACCAAAUGGUUCAAUUUUGGUAGAGCUGCUUUAGAUAAAGAACCUUAUUCUGAAAUAGCGACUUCUCCACUCCCGCUGUUUUGGAUUUCAAUUUUCCCGCCCACUUACCGCCCGCCUCCACCGCACACCGCCACGACUGGCGAAGAAAAUACUCCGCAACUUCUCAAGGUCGUGGCAUAUUCUGAACUUGCAAGUUCCAAGAUGAAACCAUUUCAAGUUAACGAUGCUUCAAGAAAACCUAGGAUUCUGCUUGCCGCCAGUGGAAGUGUGGCUGCAAUAAAAUUUGCUAAUCUGUGCCAAAGUUUUUCUCAAUGGGAAGUUCAAGCUGUUGCCACUUCGGCAUCUAUGCGUUUUGUAGACCUAAAAUCAUUUCCCAAGAAUGUGCCCCUUUUCACCGAUCAGGAUGAAUGGUCCGCUUGGACGAAUAUAGGCCACGGAGUGCUACACAUUGAGCUCUGCAGGUGGGCUGAUAUCAUGGUCAUUGCCCCGUUGUCGGCAAACACACUUGGGAAGAUUGCUGGGGGAUUAGGCGAUAACUUGUUGACAUGCAUCGUCCGGGCAUGGGACUAUAGUAAACCACUCUUUGUCUCACCAUCCAUGAACACCUUCAUGUGGAAUAACCCUUUCACAAAACGCCAUCUUGAGGCAAUUGAUAAGCUUGGAAUUUGCCUCAUCCCGCCAGCAACAAAGAAGAUACGCCCAGCUGAUUAUGGGAAGAUAAAAGACAUCUCCAGCGAAGAUUAUGGGAAUGGUGUGAUGGGCGACACGGAGCACAUUUUCUCAACUAUAACAUUCUUCUUUGCGGCAUGGAAAAAAUCAACUGGUGGCAACAUUCAGUGA